AUGUACACGGCCCUAGGUGGUGACGAGCUGAUCGGGCUGGUUGACCCUUCGGCGCGAGAAUCUUCAGACCAAGAACCCUAAGUGCAACGAGGGAGAAAGCGAGGAACCGACUGGGAAGGACAGCAACGAGAGCGUGUACGAAGCGGAGCGGGUCGAGUUUGGUCGUGCUAGGACUGGCCACAGCGGCACCGGAGCAGCGGCAUCGGAGGAGCGGAACCGGAGCAGGCGGACGGAAUCGAACCGUCGCGCACGGACAAACAUCUCUUGUAUUGUCAACUAUAUUCUCGUUUUUUUCCUGAAUACCGGUGUUGGGUGUGAGUGAUGAUGUCACUGGUUUUGUAGAGAGACGCGGCAGAGAUGGCGCGGAUAACCCAGGUGCCUUAAUUGUGUACCCGCAUCGUGGAAGACCCCUUCAAUGUGGAACAAUUCCUAGUCAGUGUCGAUGUUUACACUGCUGUGCCUAACACAGAUGAUCUGGAUAGAUUCGGGUGAUUGUCAGUUGCACUUAUGGCUUUGGUUGGGCGUUCUUCUUCAUUGUAUGCCCACUGGCUCAUUCUGACAGCACUUCAGACAGCAGCCGCAUGCCCCGAGAUUGUGUACCAUGCACCAUGGUGUUAUCAUUGUGCAGACAGCACUUCAGACAGCAGUACGCUGUAGUCGACAAACAUUCAUUUCGGUUAAAUGAGGGACAAGGGGGGUGAUGCUGCUGCUGUAGUCGAUUUGUAGUGUGUGGGCGUGUAGUUCAGUUGUGAGCAUGCAAACGUGCUGCAGGGAUUGCAGGUGUACCUCCUCGGGCUUGCGUACCCUUUCCUUGCGAAUAGUGUGUGUGUUCUUUAGAUCUUCUGAUGGCUCUUGCAUUUUUGUGACCACGGACGGACCAAGUCUUUGCUAGAUUUUGGGAUUAGCAACUGACACGAGUUAAAUGCGAAGAAAAACAACA